CAGGGCCACGUCCGUUAUCGCUAUCGGCGCCUGCCUCGGGUUCCCCGGCGACAUCAUCUCCAGCGCCGGAGCCUUCGGCAAGGCCGGCGUCUUCGGCAGAGGCAGCGCCUCUGGGGCGGGGGCCUGUGGAGAAAAGGCUGGCCCCACCACUGUUGCCACCGUCGCGCCUGGAACAAUCAUCUCCAGCGACGCGGAAGCCCUCUGUAGAUGUUAAGACGCUAUACGGGAGGCCCUGGCAGAUUGCCCAUAUUUUGGCUUAUGAAGAUCAUAGUGGCUCUGGUUUCCUCGCUGAGGUGGAUGGGGUGGGCAUCGGCCUGAUGACAAAUCAGCAUGUUGUUCCAUCUAGGGAGUAUGCAAUAUGGGAUAUAGAGCGCGUAACAUUUCAAGUGCCUUCGAAACAGAGCUAUAGGGAGGGCGAUGGCAAUGGUCGCAGUAACUCUUUUAUCGACGUUUCCUUGGAUCCCAGCCUCUUUUUUUACACCCCGGAGAGCGGGACGGUCAAUGUUCCGGAAAAUGUAUGGACUCCGGAUGGUCCUAAUAGUUCGGGCUUCGGCGACCGAGAGAAGGUCGAAAAGCUUCAUACCUGGCUUGUAGAUCACAUCAACGCCAGAGUUGGAACGCGGGAGUUAGGAGAUGACUGGAGUUUUGUCGGCCUGCGCGAGGAGGACAUUCGGAGGCUACGAGAAGAGGCAGGAAUCACGCCCUUGACUCUGGAUGCGGACUCGGCGUCCGCAGUUUUUCGUCAAGGUGGUUUCUUUGAUACAAGUGUCAGUGUGGCACUUUCAAGGAGAGACUUAUCGGGGGACCCGCGUUCCGGCAAAGUACUACGAGUCCUCGGAAGCUGCGGUGCCGCAUACGACCAACGAAAGCGCCGAAGGGGCUGCUGUGGCGCCUCUGUUUAG